GGGAGUUAGAAUUUGAAUGAAGUGGCCAUUUGAACUCUUCCCCUCUUCACGUCACUCCGCUUCGCUUCCCUUCACUUUUUUUAAAUCUCCCAGUCGACCCAGCUCGCACGCCUUCCAGGUUUCUGGAUUUAUGAGCUCGGCAACCCCCAAAAUCUUACCUUUUUGAUCUUUUCUUCCUCUACGUACUAGGAGCAGCUGAGCUCAAUUUGGGACGGGCCGCAGAGAAAUGGCCGGGGUGGUUCUCGCGUCGUCGUCGGUUGGAUGCAGAGGAAGGCGAGGGGAGGAGGAACGGAAGAGGGCGAAGGAGGAGGAGCGCCGGAAGCAGCAGCAGAUUUCGGUCCUGGAGCUGCUCCUGGCGGCGAUCCGGAGGUCGAUGGCGUCGUCGUGCAGGUUGGAGCGGGAAGAAGUGAUACCGGUGCUGCAGCGCAUGGAGAUCGGGUGGCCGACCGACGUCCGCCACGUCGCGCACGUCACCUUCGACCGUUUCCAUGGGUUCCUCGGCCUCCCCGUCGAGUUCGAGCGCGAGGUCCCUGGCCGCGUCCCCAGUGCCAGUGCUAGUGUCUUCGGUGUCUCAGCCGAGUCCAUGCAAUGCUCUCUUGAUUCCAAGGGCAACAGUGUUCCAACAAUCCUCCUGCUAAUGCAGGAGAGGCUGUACAUGCAAGGAGGUCUAAAGGCUGAAGGAAUAUUUCGGAUAAACCCAGAGAACAGUCAGGAGGAACAUGUAAGAGAGCAGCUAAACAAAGGCGUUGUGCCGGAGGACAUUGAUGUUCACUGUUUGGCCAGCCUUAUUAAGGCAUGGUUCAGAGAACUUCCAGAGGGUGUGCUGGACAGCCUCUCACCUGAACAAGUUCUUCAAUGCAACACAGAGGAGGACUCGGUGCGACUUGUGAAGCGUCUUCUCCCAACACAGACUUCGCUUAUCAAUUGGGCCAUUGAGCUCAUGGCUGAUGUCGUUGAAGAAGAAGAAGUAAACAAGAUGAACGCAAGAAAUAUAGCCAUGGUCUUUGCCCCAAACAUGACCCAGAUGUCAGAUCCUUUAACAGCUCUUAUGCAUGCCGUUCAAGUUAUGAACUUUCUCAAGACACUGAUUCUGAAAACUCUGAGGGAGCGUGAAGAGGCAGACGUGAGUGGGUAUUCAGAUUUCUCAUGUUCUCCUUCUCAUGAGCCAGGAGAGGACGAUGAUGAUGAUAGCCAGAGAGAUAUGGAUAUGUGUGAUGAUUCCAGUGAGAUCACAUCAGACAAUGAACCAGCAGAAAUCUCUAUCCUUCAAUCUGAAAUGGGAGCGAAUGAUAGUGAUUCUGCUGCAAGAUGCAGUUCAGAAAGGCAUACAAGUAGCCAGCAUUGCAAUCGUACCUUCGUCGAGGAAGAAUAUGAUUCUUUAUCUGACAUUGAAGUGUGCUUCCUUAGACAACUGGAAUGGAAGUCCAACGAUGGAAUUCUAGUAGAGAAGGAUAUUGCUAGUCCGCUAUGUCCUGAUUCGAAUCCAUUGAUUGAGAGAAAAGAAGAAAACUCAAUCACAAGCAAUGGCGAGUCUGAGGUCGAGGUGAAGAAUGAUCCAUCGGAGGAACAAAAUGAAAGCCGUGAGGUAGAAAUGGAAGAAUGCAAAGUGGAUUUCUUGUUGCGCGAUAACCUCGCUUGCUUCUGAUCCCAUGUUCUAGGGUAGUACCACCUUGCAUUUUGAAUGGUAAAGACUUGUUAGAUUUGUUUGUUGAAUCUUGAUCAACAUGCGGUUGAGUAAUGAUGUGGCUUGUUUGUGUGAAACUGAACGUACUGUUCACCUUGAUAUGCUUGCUGAACAUGUAUUGUGUUAUAUUUGUCUA